AUGUCCGACGCCGCCGAGAGUGGAGCCACCGAGUACACGCUAAGCGACAAGGGCCGCGUGCUGCGCGUGUCGUCGUCGCUCGACUCGCCGCUGAUCGCGACCUCGAUGCGCUGUAUCGAGGCGUUGUCCGAGCCGUUCCGGAUCGAGUUGACAUUUCUCAGCGAAGCGGACGACAUCGAUUUCUCCGAAGUCCUCGGCAAAUCGAUGACGGUCACGGUUGAUCUCCCCGGCCAGACAACCCGCUACUGGAAUGGCGUCGUCACGGCGUUCACGCAGUCGGGCCGCGACGACAACUUUUCCUACUACGCCGCCUUGGUGCAACCCAAACUGGCGCGGCUCGCUUUACAGAGCAACUGUCGCAUCUUCCAAGAUAUGAAAGUUGACGACAUCCUUGAGGAGUUGCUCGCCGGCAUUGAGGAGAAGAAAACAGCGUACACGCACGCCGAAGAGCGGCUGCCCCACAACUACCGGGUGCAGUACGGCGAGACCGAUUUUGCGUUCGUAAGCCGAUUGAUGGAAGAGGCAGGCAUCUUCUAUUACUUCGAGCAUGAUGAGAAGAAACACACGAUGGUGCUCUGCGACGACUCGACGCAGGCUGCCGUUGGAGCGGACCUCGCGCCGCUCGAAUACCGCCCAACGGAUGGCGGUGUUCAAGACAAACCGGCUGUCAAGCGUUGGCGAAAGACUCAAGCGCUAGCGCCGACGGGCAUCACCUUCCGCGACACGCAUUUCCAGGCGCCACGCGAUCCCUUUGAAGCAACACGCAAAGUAACGGCGACUCUGUCGCUAGGGGCAUCGACGCACAAGCUACCACCUGACGAGACGGAACACGCGCUCCUGGAUUACGGUAGCGGCUAUACCGUGCGUUACGACGGCAUCGGGACGAAAGAACAGAAUCCUGGCGCCGAUGGCGUCGGCAAAGACGCGCUGUCUAACAUGAGAGCGGACGCCGAGCGGGAAACACAACGUGUCUGCGAUUUGCUUACCGCCGCGGCGAUCUCGAUCGACGGUGGGAGCGACGCGUUGGCGCUGACGCCGGGGGGCGCCUUCACCCUGUCGGGGCACUUCAACGCCGACACCGACUAUGUGGUGACGCGUGUCUUCCACGACCUGAAGGUUGGCGGAGCUUAUGCAUCACCGGAUGAUGAAGCGUUGCAUUACGAGAACGAGUUCUACUGCUGGCCGAAGGCGACGCCGUAUCGCCCCCGCCAGGUGACGCCUAAGCCCCGAAUCCAUGGUGUGCAAACGGCGUGGGUGGUUGCCGACCUCACCGAGAGCGAGGCGGACAUCACCAAACUUAAGUCACAGCUCUACGACAAGUACGGCCGCGUAAAGAUCCGGUUUCCGUGGGACCGCCGGGCAGAGGCUGUCGUCGAAGGCGAGCAGCCAGAAGGCGCCGUCGGCCCGACGAAUCGUUCGUGUUGGGUGCGGGUCGCCCAGUUCUGGGCCGGCGCGGGCUGGGGCGCGUUCUUCUGGCCUCGGCAUGGCAAUGAAGUGCUCGUCGCCUUCGAGCACGGAGACGUCGACCGCCCGAUCAUUAUCGGCAGCGUAUACAACGCAAAGAGUAUGCCGCCGAUGGAGAUGCCACGGCAGCAAGAUGUUGCAGGGGUGCGAUCGUGCAGCAUCCAGGGUAACCCGACAUCCGAGUACAACGGCAUUACUUUCCACGACGAACUCUAUAACGAGCAUCUUGAGAUUCAGUCCGAGGGGCAUUCCGUCAAGAAGAACGAGCAGAGCGAGCACAGCUUUGAAUCCGACGCGCCGAAACUCGCCAACCUUAAUGGGCAACCGACAUCCGCCACCAAGAACUGGCGGUCGGCUUGCCUCGCUAAGGGAUAUGAGGCGGCGAUCGAUGUCACCCUCGGACACGCCGCGUCGAUUGUCGGCGGUUGGCCGGCGGGUUCGACGAGUGAGAUCGUCACCGGCGGCUCGAUGUCUCUAGUGCUUGACCCAACGAGCCUUGUCGACGACGGCAUUCUCCAGCAGGCCCAGGACCUGCUGGCGCCGAUGGGCGACUGGUCGGGCGUCUUUGGUCCACAACGUUCUCUGCACUACGGUCCCUCGCUAUCGAUCCAUCACGGCGCUGAGAUCACACGGCGUGGCGUGCAGACCUUCGAUGAGGCUAAUCCUCGGACCUAUUUCGUAGCAGGGAUCGUUACAGCGGCGUCGGCGCUGACACUGCUUGGAUGGAAGAAGCAAGACAGCGAUCCUGUCGCGUGGGAGAACCUCGUGCGGUCGCUCGGCCCGCGGGGGGUAAGCGGCAUGCUGCUUAACUUGCUGAUCGAGUUUGAGAAGGCGACUGGAGAAUGCGAUGCGGGCUUAGAGAAGCAGUCCGAAGCGAGCAGUCUCAACGACCACGCCGGCGCCUUGGGAUCGGACUACUCGUCGCUAGUGCUCAACUUGGCGUCAAAAGCAACCGACCAAGGGGCGUCACUCACGGCGGCAGGCGAGGCGGACAAGGCUGCCGAAGAAGCCGAAGCGAACUCCGAGGACACCUCGGUCGAUGACGCUGAGAACUCUGCUGAGAGUGAUGAUUCAUCGGAAGAAUCGACGGAAGACGACCCCGCAGCCGACGCCGCGGCCGCCGAGGCCGCGGCAAACGGGCCCGACACGAGUGACAUGAAGUUCGGCUCCGACGAGGCCGACCAGUAUCAGUGUUACGACGGACUCCUAGCGACCGGGGCGCGGCAUAUCUCUCUGCGAGCGAGAGCGACCGAAGACAGCGACACCGAUGCGUCACUGAUCCAUCUGGACGCCCACGGCGCCGACGGCCAAGACAACGGCGUUGUCGCGAUCAACUCGACCGGCCAAGCGACGAUCGUCUGCGGCCCCGCCGCGAUGCAGGUCCGGCGUGCCGGCACAACCGGGCAGAUUGACAUCACCACCGGCCAACAAGGGACGAUCACCGUCAACACCGGCGGCGACACGGGCAGCAAAGUAGAGAUGACGCCCGACGGGAUGAAGCUAUCGGUCGGCGCCGAAGGCUCGGGAGCUUUGAUCUCGAUGACCUCGACCGGCAUCAAACUAUCGGUCGGCGCCGGCGGCGGACCGUGCCUCGAACUCACGACCUCCGGCGUGACGAUGAGCUGCGGCUCGAGUAGCGUCGCCGUGGACCAGAAUGGGCAGACCACGAAAGGCAUGAAUGUCACGCACCAAGCGGACAUGAACUUCGAAGCCAAGGGCACGUUGAUGUCUGUCGGCAUUAGCCGUCAGUUCAACCGUUGUGACUACCAAUCGCUGAACACUAACCACUUCUUCUGCAUCAUGGGCGCCCCAGCCGCACGACUUACCGAUAUGCACGUAUGCCCGAUGGUGACACCGGGGGUGCCGCCGAUUCCGCACGUUGGCGGCCCGAUCACUGGCCCCGGCGCGCCGACGGUGCUCGUUGCGUCGAUGCCCGCUUCGGUUGUGGGCGAUAUGGCCGUCUGCGUCGGGCCGCCCGACACGGUUGCGAUGGGGAGCACCACGGUCCUUCUGGGUGGCAAGCCCGCCGCACGGUUGGGUGACCCUACCGCUCACGGCGGCAAGAUUGUGCUCGGCGACGUUUGUGUUGCUGCGGCUGCAGCCGGGCCGUGGACGACAAGGCCCGAUUCGGAUGAGACGGCGGACGCCUACUUCUCCCGUCUUGUCGAGACGAAUCAGCUGGAG